CCACUCGCAGUCAAGCAGCGGGACUCCAGGCACUCACUUCCCCAGCUGCUGACGUCAGCUGGCAGCCUGGGCAGUGCUCGCCGCUCCGGACAUAGCGCCGAGAAAAAUGCUGCUCUCCGUCCCGCCAAGGGCAGGAAUCAACCCAUACAGUGGCUUUAACAGCAGAAACAACAAAAAGCAGGCCUAUGUGUCCUCGGGUCAUCAGAUGGCUCCCCCCAGUCCCAAUAACAACAGUAACAGCAACAACAGCGGAGGAGGUGGAGAACAGCUAAGUAAAACCAACCUGUAUAUCCGCGGCCUUCAUCCAGGAACCACGGACCAAGACUUGGUCAAGCUCUGCCAGCCGUAUGGCAAGAUUGUGUCUACCAAAGCCAUCUUGGAUAAAACCACCAACAAAUGUAAAGGCUAUGGCUUUGUGGACUUUGACAGUCCGGCAGCAGCUCAGAAAGCUGUUACGGAUCUAAAAUCAAGUGGCGUCCAGGCACAGAUGGCCAAACAACAAGAGCAGGACCCCACCAACCUUUACAUCUCCAACCUGCCAGUGUCCAUGGAUGAGCAAGAGCUAGAGAGCAUGCUCAAGUCAUUCGGCCAGGUCAUUUCUACGCGCAUUCUGCGAGAUGCCAACGGGACCAGCCGUGGUGUGGGAUUUGCCAGGAUGGAGUCCACCGAGAAAUGCGAGGCCAUAAUUCAGCAUUUCAAUGGCAAAUUCAUCAAGACUCCACCCGGAGUGCCGGUGCCCACAGAGCCCUUAUUAUGUAAGUUUGCAGAUGGGGGUCAGAAAAAGAGGCAGAACCAGGGAAAGUACCUCCCCAACGGAAGGCCCUGGGCCAGAGACGGCGAGACCGGAGGAAUGACGCUUGCAUAUGACCCCACAGCAUUACAAAAUGGCUUCUACUCGUCGCCAUACAGUCUGGCUCCUAACCGGAUGAUCGCCCAGACAUCCCUCUCACCUUACAUGCAUUCUCCUGUCUCAUCCUACCAGGUGCACAGCCCGUCCUGGAUGCACCAUCAGUCAUACCUCAUGCAGCCAGCUGGUACAGUUCUUACCCCAGCAAUGGAUCACACUAUGUCCAUCCAGCCCACGUCCAUGAUGGGACCUCUCGCCCAGCAGCUAAGCCACCUGUCCCUGGGUAGCACGGGCACUUAUAUUCCGGCCAACACAACUAUGCAGGGGACCUACAUCCCCCAGUACACCCCAGUGCCUCCCUCCAGUGUCCCAGUAGAGGAGAAUGGUGGCCAACAGCAACAGGUUGCUCUGGAGACUCCCACAGAACACACAAACUACUCGUACCAACACACAAAGUGACGCUAAGCUCCAUUAAGAGUAGGGCCAAGGCCAUGCGAUGAAUCCAACCAAUCAGGGUUCACCCAAACAAGGACACUGCUCCGUGCGUCACCAAACAUCCGGACUUGAACAUGGAUGACAAAAGGAAUGCUUGUGUUUGUGUGAGAGAGAAAAAGAGAGUGUGUGUGUAUGUUUGGUUUUCUUCCAUUUUAAAGAAACAAGACAACACUUCGUCAUUGAACAUCCCUGCUCACAAGUUGAACUACCAAAGGAGGUAAUCUUCUCCAGAGAAAAUCUGAUCUAUUUUGAUAUCUGAAAAAAAGGAACAUGUCAAAAAGUUGGAGAAGAGGAAAAAGAAAAGGAACAGAAAUUAGUGAGGUGGGAGAAGAAAAAAAACAGAGCAUUAUUUUUAUGCACGUAAUAUAAAAAAAAAAAAAUGUUAUUUUUUAAAAUUGCAUUCUGGGUGUUAAAGAGUGAUUCAAGGAAAAGAGUUAAAACACAAUGUGUUUUUUAUUUUUUUGUGUAAAAUAUGCAAACUUUUUCUUUUCUGAUGUCGGUUGUUGGACAUUCUAUUUGCAGCAAUGGGGCAACAGUUUGUACAUGUUAAAAACGAAACAAAGUAAGAAACACUUUUGCUGGAUAUCAAGUCAUUGCAACCGUGGGAGGCAAACCGUUUAAAGCUACUUCUUCCUUAACUGCUGCAGAGAUUUCUAUUCAUGCACAAAUGAUAGAAACACUUUUUUAUUUAUACUUUUUUAUCCUUUUUUAUUAAAAAAAAAGGGUAUGUGAACAAAAGACAAUCAAUUAUUUCUAUUUAUAUUUGACUUAUUUUUCUAUUUUUUUUCCCCAGAAAUUUUGGACCAUUUAACCUUUUACACAAAAGACUUUAUUUAAUAGUGGAGUCCCUAAAGACUAGAAAGAAGCCACAGAGUGAUAAGCUUAACAUUUUUUGGGAACUGUAUUAUUGACCUUUUCACAGCCAGACCACUUCUGUCUCUGUCUACCCUUUUGCUACCUGUAUAAACUAAUGGAAUAUGAUGUAAACAAAUAAGUAAUGCAAUGUAAAGUGAGAUGAGUACUGUUAUAUUAUUUAAGACUGUCAUAAUCUUAAGUAAACCGUAAAAGUGCUUUGACACCUUUGACAAAUUUUACUCUCUCCGUGCGAUGGAUUCUCAUACAAAGUCAAUGUGAUUGAGGGUUGAAGUGCAACAGGUGGCCUGGCACGCGACGAUCUACUUAUGAUGCAGUUUUUCCAUUUUGACCAUACAGCGAUGUUCACGCUCGAAGUUGUUGGCUUGGAUUUAUCUUUCUGCGUUAGAUUUGAGCGUCGAUGAGGAAGCAGCCAAUUAAAUACUUUUUCUCAUUCACGUGACUUCAGCUGCUACAUAACAAGCUGCAGUUGCCGUAACCUUGCCUCAACGUCUGUUGAACAUCAAGUUCAACAGUACAACGGAGUAUUAGGGUCGAAGAAAGGAAAAAAAAAAAUAAUAGGACUACAAAAAUAAAGUCAUGAUUUUAGGAGAUUAAAGUCAUACAUUGUAAUACUAGGAGAAAAAAGUGUUAAUAUGAGAAUAAACUAAUGUAUUGUAAUAUUACAAGAUUAAAGUAGUCACAUUACGUAUUUUUACAUAGAAAAAACGUUGCAAUGUAACGUAAUUUUACGCAAUAUUAUAAGGGAAAAAGUCAUGAUGUUAUGUAACUUUAAUAGUACGAUAUUAAAGUCGUAAUAUUUCAAGGAAAAAAGUCGUAAAUUACAAGAUUAAAGUCAUUGCAUUAAUUAGUUAUAUGUUACAUGAACCGGAAGUUUAGUUUUGCGUGCUUAGGCUUUUGGCGACAUAAGGUGUUUGUGAACACAUAACUUCUUUUGGCGAUGGGCAUAGCGCAGAAAGGCAUUUUAGCACAGCGGUUUAAAGGUGUACAAUGUAGGAUUUGCCCUGCAAUUAUUAAUGAAAUUGCCAUAAUAUUUCAGUAGACAUUAAAGAAACAUAAUACUUCUAAAAUGGACCUCAAUGUUUAAGCGGAGAGUUUCCGAUUUUAAAAGACUGAUUUACGCAUCACAAAUUUGUUCCCAUUUUGCAUCUAUGGUCAUCAUCAGCCAACCACGAGACCAGUUUCGAGUCUUCGUCCGGGUUGCAACAGCUCUGUACACCCCGUAAACUAAACGCCAAAUUACAAUGCAUCCAACUCACGUUUAGCUACGUUAGGGUGGUCCAUAUUAAGGGCUCGGCGCGCAUCAGCUGGCCACUUUAUUGCUACUUCGGAUGUUUCUGGAUCAGUUUGAGUGGCAGCAUCACUCAUAUUUGGUGAAUGCUGAACAGACACACUUACUGCCUGAUGAACUGACACUAGAGGUGAAUUAUUAGCUUCUUCUGUGACUAGUGGUACGCCAGAAGGUUCGCCUACCGCUGUAGCGACAGAUGCGGUUUGCCUGCUUAAGAGAGCGGCCAGCAGUUUCUUGUCUUUGGCGCUUUAUUGCGCGCAUUUCACUCACUAUCCGGGCGAAAAUAGUUGGAACAGCAUUUGAUUUUAGUCUCCGCUUAUAUCCAGCCGCUCCGGUGAGCCCUUUCAUAAGUUCAUAAUUCAUAAGUUGUCGUCGACUAAAAGCCUCGAAUGCGGAAAGAGAAAAAUGGCAAGAGCGUGGGACGUUUUGUCAGUCUACAGGCAUUUUUCCAGACCUUUCUCCUCUUUUGGUCAAUAGGAAAUCUUUGGAGAUUCACAUCACUCCCCUUGUUUUCAUUUGACUGGAAAUUGCAUCCAAAAGCAGCACAUCGUGGCAUUUUACUUAGCGAGUUUAGGCAUCAAUACACAAUUGUUGUACACAAUUGGAAACGUCCCAAUUACGUCAUCACUCCGAGCCCGCAGAACAUGGCGCCAACUAUAUCAAAGGUUGUACUAAAUAAUAUAAAAUAUUGCCAUUGAUUUAACAUUUUAUGUGUUUCUAACAACAUAUUUUAGUACAAGAGAACAAUUGUGGUUAAUUAGAGCCUACAUGUCUUUAAGAUCGAGGAUCCCUUUUACUUUUAUGUGAGUGCAGCUUUAGGCACUCAGUAGUGUUGCACUUCCUUCGAUCCUUAAGUCAAACACAUUACCAAUUCUCUGAAAGAACAUAAAUAUAAUCAGAUCCUUGGUACUGUAUCUUAUUUAAACUGUGACGUGCCUCAUGUAUAACCCAAGGAUCAAGACUUCAUCAAGAAUUGUAGUUUACUUAUCCCCCUCUUUUCCCUGCCCAUUAAAAGCCACCGGUUUGGGCGUAGGGUGUUGUCUUGUCCCAUUCAAAUUAGCUACUAUGCCAAGAACUGGAGGCUGGUACUCGCAAGUCCAAGAACAAGACACCAAAUCCCAAUUAUAAUGAAUGAAUCUGAAUUUGACCAGCGCGUAACACAAAAUACAUCUGACAAACUACGUUUUGUUAUUUUUAUGUGUUUAUGAUGCCAAAAAUCUAAAAAGCCUCCUUCAAGACACAUUUUUGGAACUGGCCAUCUCAUUAAAAUUAAUGUUGUCGCACUUUGCACUUGUUUUAAAGACCCAACUAUUUGUAUUGAAGCGAUUAAAAGGUCAAUUUUCCGCUACGGUAUGUGGUAUAAUCGAACUCAGCACAUUUGAGGGUCCCUAUUUCAGCAAUUAAAUACUGACUGGCUAACCAGGCUAAGGCCUAAUACUGUUUUGGCCCGAAUAUAAGACGGCCCUGAUUAUAAGACGAUCCCCUUUUUUCAAGACUCAAGUUAUACAGAAAAUAGUUACAGUACAUCCGAAACAAAUAAUUAUAACAAUAUAUUUGAGAGAAAAAGCAUGUUAUUUUGCCUCAUUCAAAUCUUAAUAUCAGAACAUUUAAAUAUGUAAACUAAAGUGCAAUCACAUUCGUAAAUGAAUGGCGUCUGGUUUUUGAAAUGUAAAUAAACCAAUCUAUUGUGAUAGAACAACAUAAUUGCAAUAACUGCAUUAACGAUCAAAGUGAAGUCUAACUGUAGUCCUGAAACAAAUCUGAAUAAGGAAAAACAUUGCAUUAAACUAAAAAGAGUAGCUGAGAUCUGUCAUGACAGAACAUCGCUUGCUUCAAUGAUAUCUGGCACCAUCUACCGUCGUGAAUGGGGAGAGUAUCUGAGAUCUCUCAUGACAGAACAUCGCUUCAGUGAUAUCUGGCACCAUUCAGCGUCGUGAAUGGGUAUAAUGUCUAGAGCGCGAAUAUAAGACGACCCCCUCUUUUUCAGUGUUAUUUCAAUGCAAAAAACACCGUCUUAUAUUCAGGCCAAUACAGUAAUAGGAACUUUUCGAUCUCUUCUCCUGCUUAAUGACAGUCCACUUUACAGCAAGAUGGAUCUAAUGCAGAAUUGCCAUUAACAUUAUGUCUGAAACUUCAGUUAUGCUAUGCCAGCACUCACCUUAUACUGUAGAACCCAAUGUUUACUGAGCCAAUGUUUUUACAUUUUACAUGGGAAAAAAUCAGAAAACACCUUUAAUAACAACAAUAUUCAUCUCACUUCACCCUUUAUUCAUUAUAUCAUAUUCCUGAAGAUAAUUCUAAGAAGAGACAGUCUGACACUGGCGAAAAGGGGUCUAUUUUUAGAGAAUGUUUCUCCAAUUUCUGGUGAUUUCAUGGGUUUUAAUGUGUUCUGCGUAUGCAGUGCACACAGGCUGUAGAUCAGCAUGACACCUGUUGACACUUCUCAUAGCCAAUUUGAGAAGUGGUUUUAAGCGGUUUUGUUGAAGCAACUUUUCAAGGAUCAUUCAACUAGUAGUCUUGUCGCAUAGGAGGAAUGACCGCAGUUGCUCACUUGAGCUAUAAACAUGAGGGAACUCAAAUAGAAAACUUACACAUUCUCUUCAGAGUGAUUGGUUGCAAAGGGAGCUGUAGGUCUUUUCUCAAUGCUGCUGUUGUCACCAGAUUUUAAGUCAUUGUUUUGUCGUUGUGUUUUGUAAAGAUUUUUUUCCCUUUGACUGUCACUUGAAAACCUUUUGAGCUAACUUGCCUUAUUUUUGAUUAUCUUAGAAGUAGAUGACAUUUUAGCUGUGGAAAUAGGAUUAGAAUUUAGUUUGUAGGUGUUAGUUUAGCUGUUUUCUUGCGCAACAUCACAUUUUCUCUUGUUUGGAUUCACACGAAUCUUUGUUCCUUUUAUACCGAUGUUGUGCCGUUGAGCCUUUUUGUACAAAAAAAAAAAAAAAAUUGAAAAAAAAAAAGCCUUUUCAAGUGAAGAGCUGAACCAAACUGACUUCAUUUGCUGACUCAAAACAUUCACACUGACGUUGCUGCAUCAGUGUUGUAGCGCAAGAUAAGGCUUUGGCCAUACUACAAGCCAUUGCGUCCAUGCAAGCUUUCAUUUAUGCGCACAUCACACACUGUAAACUGUUGGCUUUUACAAAGAUUGAUUGCUAGACUGAUGGAGUGCCAUUAGAGUCGAUACAUAAAUGCCCCUUUUCCACUGCAAACUACUAGAAAGGCUUGGUUUAAGCGAUCAUUUUUCCACCUUAAAAGUACACAUAAAACUAAAAACACAGCUCAUUUGAAAGCAUCAGCUGGCAAAAGACAUACUAAUUGACCAACAGAGAGCACAAGAAACACUGUUUACUUCUCAGCAUGUAAAAAUAGAUUACUGCUGCACCAGGGAACCGCCAUGUUAGAUUGUGUCACACAAUAGCCCACAUUACACCGAACGCCUGACACUUGCUUUCCAGUCUUUCCGGUCAGCAAUCACAGAAAACUAAAUAUCACAGAUAAUUGAAGUAAGUUAAAUGCAGUUGUUAAAUGAUUAUACUGUAUUUAUCAAUGGAAAAAGAAGGUCUGAAAGUAAUUGAUGAUCCUUUUGUUAAAUAAUACUGCUCAACAGAUUUUUAAAAAAAUAUUUUUUGGGGUCUAAUUCAAUACAAUUUUUGGUUUCUGAUUUCAAAUCUUUAAUUUUUUCCCCCCUGUAUGCUUUAGCUUUAAUGCAAUUGGCAUUUUUGAUAUUUCUUUAUGCCUUUUGCAUAGUUAUAAUGUGUGAUAUUUUUAUUAUUGGCCACAUUAGCUUGUCAUAGUUGACUGUCUUUCACAUAUUGAAGCACAAUGGCAACAGUGCAGUACAGCAAAUGUCACGUUGUCACUAUUGUUCAUCUUCUAAAUCGUCAGUUGGUUGACACGUGGCAUAACAGAGAUUGUUUUGCUGCAUAUUGUUUGUUUUGGGCUAUUUCUUAAGUGCCAACUAACAACUUUGCUAAAGAGAUAAAUCUCUUCUGCAAUUAAUUUCGCAUUGCACAAAAUAAAAAACAAAUCUGGAUAUCCAAGAAAACUAAAGUUUAACAGGAGGGCGGGGCGGGCGCAGGUUAAGGAUUCAGCACCCCAAAAUUACGUAAAAACAAGUGUUUGCAUCGAUGCAAUAAUUUUUUGGUUGACCAGUGAUAAACCACAGUGAAUAGCUUAUAAACUAUUUACUGUGGCUUUGUCACUGACCAUGCCUAAUCCUGAUUUCCUACAGACCUAUUUGAUCAAGAAAUCCUAUAAAUAAAACCUGUGUGACAAACAAAAUAUACCAGAAGACCAUAAAUAGGUCCAACAAAAUGCUAUGAUCAAGCAAAUUUGUGUGCAGGUCAUCCAGUGGUGUAACCGUAAUUGGCUCUUCAUGCUUGUGACCCUCCAUUGUUGCUGAAUUAAAACAAUAUUGUUUGUGAAAAAUCGGGCAAACAUAUCUUCACAGUGAUGUGAGGGAUGCUUGAUUGUUGCUGGUACAACCAAUUAGGCUUAGCUGGCAAUAAUUAUCACACAGGUCCAUGUAACUUAUAACUAUUUUUAUGGUUGAAAAAAAAAAAAAGUCACCAUUUAAAAAUGGUAUUUUGUCUUUUCAAGGAUUUUCCUUGUGUGAUAGUUACAAAGAUUUCUCAAAGGGAGGAAUACAAAGUGUAGUAUUUUUCGGACUACAAGUCGCACCUGAGUAUAAGUCGCACCAGCCACGGAAUGCACAAUGAAGACGUUUAAGUCGCACUUGAGUAUAAGUCGCAAUUUGGUCGGGACAAGUUCUUAAUAUAUCAGAAACCUAGAACAAACAUUAUACAUUAAAAUAAUAUAGGUAGUCCCUGGGUUACAACGUGCUCGACUUACAUGAUUUCAACUUUACGAUCCUGGCAUCUCGUCCGCCAUUUUAUUUUAUAUAUAUAUAUUUUUUUUUUUUGGUCACGCAAACAGUACCUUAUUGUACUUCACAGUAUCUCAUUUUUUUAACUUUACUUUAAUAAUAUAACGUGUUCUGUCCUCACUAAACGUGAAGUUGUUCAGCUUGGCAGACAGCCAACAAGGCAAUUGUGCUUUUUGAAGCUUUUUACUUCCUUCACUUUUAACAAUUUGUAAAGCUGUAACACACAUAUGUAUACUUAUGAUCAAAACAAUGCGCAUUUUAACAAUAAAAGAAUUGUCACGAAACAGUUGGUGUUCAAAAGUCCAUUUAGUCUGGUCAAUAUGUAAAUUUAGUAGAUUAAAUCAGCCUAAUUUGCUUUAAAAAAGUUCGCUAUUUUAAAUGCUAUGAAUGCAAACAUAUUUAUAAUUUUCAUAGCAAAUCGCUCACACAUAAUUUCACAAUUUGUAGCUCUAAACUUAAUUACAGAUGCAUACACAGACAUAUAUUAGCUGAAACAACUUACAGCCUAAUGUAGGCCAAACCAGAGCGCAGCCGUCCUUUAUUAGCUAAAAAAAACUUACAGCCUUAUGCGGGCCAAACCAGAGCACAGCUGUCCUUUAUCCAUUCCAGACGAGUCUGCUGCUCAGUCAUACAAGGCGACAGUCCAGCCAGACCUAACAAGAGGGCACUGUAUCCUCCAUCAUUAAGCAAAAUACAAUUUGGGGGGAUAUUUUUGCAUAGUUAUUUUGAGAUUUUGAUUUUUUUAAAGGGUUGAUUAUGAUUUACAAGGAAAUUCGUGUGAUGUCGUCAGCGUAGGAACUGAACUAGUUCGUAACCCGGGAUUACCUGUAAUAGUCAAAUUGAGAACAAUAGGCCAAAUAGGCAUCUGUUGACAUAUUACCAGUUUUGCAGAUAAAUAUAGCAUCUCAUUGAAUGUAUCUUACAAUAAAAAAAAACACAACAGGCUAUCAGCAGUCAGAGUGAAAAAAUAUAAAGGUUGCACUUGCGUAUAAGUCGCAGUUAUAGUCCGGAAAAUACAGUGUUUUCUUACCACUGAGUUUGAAAGCCAACAUCAGAUUUAUGCCUUAAAGCGCAAUUUUUUUAGGUGUACUCUGCAAAAGGGGCUAACGACAAAGUAACAUCAAAUGUUCUCGACCGAUUGGCAUCACUCUACACAUACAUACAUUUUGCAGGUGGGAAAGUAUCAGCGAGUAGAGCCGUCGAAGUACUGUUUAAUGGAAAAGGGGAAUUAAUGUCUAUGAUUUGAGAGCGAUAUAAAGUAGUCUGGCAAUCCUAAUUUCAGCAAAGCCUUAUUGUUCUUUCUUAGUGUGAACUGACUAGAAAUCCCUAGGGAUGGUCACUACAUGAGAUGGCAAACCAACAUGUUGGAGAGCCGUUAACAAAUACUUUGGUAUUUGGCUAGAGCUAAGCUUUUCUGUGUGUUCACCACCUUUUCAUCCAGUGAAAACACGCACUCUGUUUUUCUUGUUUGUUACAUGAACUGUAUGUAUUGUGUGCUACGUUGUUUAAUUGUGCAACCAAAGAUGUUGUCAUCACACACACAUUCACGCUCACACGUUACUCUCAACAAGCUCUGCGAUGCAAGCUGGAAAAACUGCUUUUCUCAAUAAUGAAUGAUUCUGAAGGACGAUGGCCUUUUCAUGCACUCAGAAUCUAAAGUGGUUUUGUUUCCACGUGGGAAGUUAAUAGGAAGUUCCAUGCUUUUACACAGUAUACUAGGGAAGGCUGCAGUGCAUGUAAACGGGCUCCUAAUGAUACUAGUGAGCUUUAGCAGGCUUCCAGGAUCAGCACUUUGUGGAACUUGAGAGAGCACAUUUUGUACAUAGUCUUUUUUUCCCCAAUUGUUCUUGACACCAUUUUGUUUCUUGUGUGAUUGUGUGUUUUCAUGACUUUUAUUUUUUGUUUGAUAAACUGUCCACAUCACACAGGGACUAGCAAAAUGUCCGUUAUCAAUCGCACCAUGAAGGAAUAAGUCAUGGAAAAUGUUUAAAUGAGAAAAAUGGUAUUCAAUGUGUUAGCCAUCACUUUGAACACACACACACACAAAAAUAAUUUUGGAACUAUGAAAUGACUACUUUGUUACAAUACAGUGUUUAUUUAAUAGUUUUCUACCAAAUUAAAUGCAAUCUGACACUUUGGUUUAUUUAUGAUGCUGAAAACAGUAUCAUAAAAUGUUACUUGGUCCACAGUUUCUCCGCAUGCACUUAUUUGUACUUAUACCAAUUUGAUAAAGUUGACUCGUCCUUAUAGAGAUUGAUGGCUUAUUUCAUAGCUUCAAAAUGUUUUGCUGCUAAAACAGGACUUCUCAACAGGUUAUAGGUUGUUACCCAGUCUGCAUUUUCGGGAUCUUUAGCUUUGGUAAUACACCGUACAUAUGAAUUUGUACAAUUAUUCAUAUUAAAAUGUACAAAUGGAAACAAAGCAUAAAGAAAAUACUACUUAGGAAUCAGAGAGAUUUUGAAAAUGCACUGGUUGCCUCCCAUCUCCCUUUUGGGAACAGAUUUCUUAUUUAUACAACAACUCAUUUUGUACAGUUUUGUUUGAGGAAAGAGCUUUUGAUAUUUGGUUAUUUUUUAAAGCCACUUGGCUACUGUUGUCUUCCUGUGCCAGAGUUUCUAAAAUUGUCUGCAACUUGUUGUCGUGUUUUUUUUUGUUUUUUUUUUAAAUAGAUCUUCAGAAAAAAUGUUCUUUCUUGGUUUUCUCUUUGAAUUUGAAAAUGUCAAUUGAUUUUUUUUUUUUUUUUUAAAUAAAAAGCCUUGUUCCUUUGA